CCCUGAGCAGUGUACCCAUGAUUACUUUUGGUUUUUUCUACUCAUCUUGAAGUAGAAAAGAAGCAGGAGAUGAGGAAGGCCUGGACCUGUUAAAUCAGAGCAGCCUUUACUAGCUAUCUCUAGAGAUGUCCUCCCUUUCAGAAUACGCUAUACAAAUGGCUCUCCCGAGUGCCCGAAUAUUUGGAGAAGUUGCCAUCCCCACCAAUUCCAAAUCCAUAAAAGAAGUGAAGUUGUUUAGUGAACAGCCUUUGGCCACAAGGAAGGAGACUUAUGACUGGUAUCCCCCUCACAACACCUAUUUUGCUCUAAUGAGGAAACUCCGUCGCUUUGGUCUUUACAGAGAUAAACAUCAAGAUUUUAAGGAAGAGCAAAGGCGACUAAAGAAACUUCAUGGAAAAGGCAAGCCAAAAAAAAAAAGAGAAGGGAAAAGAUCAGCUGCAAAGAAAUAAUGUUGAACCCAUCAAUGACUGAGAUGAGAAAGAAGUACACAGACUGAUAUUUUUCCAUUCUCAAUUAGAAUACAACUUUCCUAAAUUGAUGGAUUUGGGUACAAGAAUCAACCCUCCCCGCUUCCCCCAUUGGAGUCAAAUCAUGCUGAAUUAGGAUUUGAUUCUUAAACACAUUUUGGUCCUUAAAAGUUAUUUUAGCUUUGAUAUUGGGUGAUGCAAAUGCUAUC